CCAACGCCUUAGUACGAGUUCGUCAGUACAUUGACAUUAUUUGUUUGAGUAACAUGCGUGUCCUUAUAUUAAUAUGUGGAAUUGGUAUGGCGUUGGCCGCAAAGGCGCCUCUAAAGGUGCUAAACGACGGCAAUAAAAUGCCUAUCGUGGCUUUGGGAACGGGCCGUGGAACCGCGCAAAAUAAGCCUGUGGAGGAAGUACGGGACGCAGUUUUCUGGGCCAUAGAGGCCGGCUAUCGUCAUAUAGAUACCGCUGUGCUGUACAACGAUGAGGUGCAAGUAGGUCAGGGUGUGGCCGAAGCCAUCAAAAAGGGAAUAGUUACCAGGGAACAGAUGUUUAUAACGACAAAGUUGCCGAACGACAGACACCCUCGUGAUCAAGUUGUCACCACUCUGAAGGAAUCUCUGGGAAGACUGGGAAUGGACUAUGUCGAUCUGUUCUUAAUCCACUUUCCUCUAUCCACCAAGAGCGAUGGAUCUUCAGAUAACAUAGACUACCUAGACACCUGGAAAGGCAUGGAGGACGCAAAGGAACUAGGACUCGCCAAGUCAAUAGGAAUCUCUAAUUUUGGCGAAGCCCAAGUCGACAGGCUUCUCGCUAAUUGUAAAAUUAAGCCUGCUGUCAAUCAGAUUGAGGUAAAUCCCACUAUGACAUCUGAGCCUUUGGUAGCCCACUGCCAGAGCCUUGGGAUCGCUGUGAUGGCGUACAGUCCAUUCGGAUUCCUGGUGACCCGGACUCGCCACAACUCCACUGGCCCACCACCGAGAAUCGAUGACUCCACCUUGAACAAGAUAGCUCAAAAGUAUGGGAAAACGACGAGCCAAGUCGUCUUAAGAUAUUUGAUUGACCGAGACCUCAUUCCCGUGCCGAAGUCCACAAACAAGGACCGCAUCGCUCAGAACAUAGACUUGUUCGACUUCAAACUCACAGCCGAUGAAGUGAACUCAAUCAGCCGCUUCAAUAGAAACGUCAGCGUGUUUGACUAAAAAGCUGCAGCUUUUUUCUUUUGGGACGUUCACCAAAGCGCGUCCAGAAGCUUCUACGCAUAAUUGAAUAAAUAAAAGUCAUAA